AUGAACUGGGAUGCCUUCUUCUGCAAAAUAACCAUGCUCUCGUCAGAAGAGAGAAUGUGUGAGGGAACUAUCAAGCUUCAGCCACCGCAGGAGACAUUCCAAGCGACGGGGUUCGUGCAGCAAUCCACGGGCACCAUGAGCGCGGUGUUUCACGAAGGGCAUUGUGAGGACGUCGUGUUGAAAAUGAAAUAUUUUUUUAUUGUUUAUAUCCUUACUGUGGUUUAUCGAGUGGAAGCCGGACAUUUUGAUCGAUAUUCUGGGAAAAAGGUCGAAGUUGCUCAAGCUAAGGAGCUGCGAUUGAAGAAUGCCACAGAGCGAUGCUCGAUAGAGGUGAAGCCAUGUACUCCUCAUGAAGGCAGCCGGGUCGAUGGCACGUGUAACAAUUACAAGUACCCAACCAGGGGAUCCGCGAAAGGACCGUAUCUGAGACUCUUAAAGCCAGAUUAUGCCAACGAUCGUCAUAUCCGCAUGAACAGACACAACAAGCCGCUACCAUCAGCCCGGAAGGUCAGGACGGAACUGCACACCACUGGCCGAGUCGAAGAUAAGUUCACGUUCAAUGUAGCUGCUGUCCACAUGAUGGAGUUCAUACAUAGGGAUAUCAGUGCUAUGGAUGGGCCAUGGGAGAAGGAUCCGAGAUGUAUCCCCAUACAUGUGCCCCACCACGACCCCUAUCUUAAAGUGACUGAUAUUCACUGCUUAAACUUCUCUAGAGCGGAAACUUUCCAAGACGCCGGCUGUACACCCGAAAUAAUACUUCCUGAACAGUCCACUCAUCUAAAGGAAAUUGUAAAGAAGGCAGUGUGCAAUAAAUAUCCUUUGAGUUAA